AUUUUUUUUUUUUGGGGGGGGGAUUUAUUUUAUUUGCAGCCAGGAUGAGGGGCAGCACGGUGGCUCGGUGUGUGACUCUGCUGGCCCUGUGUUGUCUUCUGAUACCCCGAGGAGGUGAGGCCGCCGGGGGGGUAGUUUCUCAGCAGCAGGGUGAAGAGAGCAGCCGAGAGGUGGAGGAGGACAACCACGAUCGCGAUCCUGAUCCCGGUCCUGAUCAAGUCCCCGCAGGAGACCCACACCCUCUGGAGAGAGACGUUCGGGAGACGGGGGAGGCAGUGAGGGCAGGGCUGUUGGCCAGAGUUAGGAGGGCAGUGGAGGAAGGCAAGAAGAAGAAAGGCAAGAAGAAGAAGAAGGACAAGACGACGGCCACCGCACUCCCGACUACCACGGCAGUCCCGACGGAACCACCGACGGAACCCCCCACGGAACCACCCACGGACUACCCUUACUACGACCCUGACCUUUGGAAACCGGACGAGGACUACUGGGACGCCGGGCCCACUACACCCAGACCUCAGCCCACUAACCCCACCGCGGACUCGGACGACUACUGGCCGGAGGAGGUCGACCCGGCUGUCACAGACGCCUACAAGGAUUACUGGAAAGCGAGGGAGAGGGAGCCGCCGUCCACACUGCCGCCCGACGCCUAUUGGAAAAUGGAAACUUCCACGCCAGCGCCUGUUAUUUACGACGACUACUGGAAACCGGACGAGAUGGAACCCAACGCCUUCGUGACAGACAACUACGACAACUACUGGAGAGGGGUGGAAACGACUCCCUCCGCCCCCCAGGUCGACGGAAAGGGCGGGACCGACGACACGGAACACUGGAACGCAAAAUACGAUCUCCCGUUCCCUGACGGUAAAGAGGUCAGCCCCGAGAUCGUCGUAGAAACUCUACCAGAGGAGCUGACGACUGCUUCGCCGUAUGAGGGGACGUGGUACGAUGCCUACGAUGAAUAUGGGAGAAAAGAAGAGGAGACAGAAGACAAAUGGAUGGAAAGAGAACGAGAGCGAGCCAGAAAGGAACGGGAAAGGCAGGAGCAAGGUAAAAGAACCCAGAUGUGGCUCAGCUUUUUUUUUUCUUUUUUUUUUUUCCACUUGCGUAACACUUUUUUGACAACAAACCACGAGUUGUUUUUGCAAAAAGCAGAGAACGGUUCUGAGGAUGAGGAGGACCUGAGAGGCGGGGCGUGGUGCGCAAACUCAGAGGACACGAUCCACUGGGUUGAGAUCGACGCUCGCAAAGACACGGAGUUCACGGGAGUUAUCACUCAGGGCCGGGACUCUUUGAACGAGAGCGACUACGUGACAUCCUAUUUCCUGGCGUUCAGCAACGACAGCAGAUUAUGGACAACAAUCCACGACGGAUACGCAGACUGGUUGUUCUUUGGAAACAGUGACAGGGACAUUCCUGUGAUGAACCAGUUGGCGGAGCCGGUGUUGGCCCGGUAUAUCAGGAUCAUCCCGCAGAGCUGGAACGGCUCCCUGUGCAUGAGGCUGGAGGUCCUCGGCUGCCCGCUGCCUGACCCGACCGAGGUCCAGUACAGACAGAAUGAAGUGAUGCCGGUGGAUUACCUGAAGUUCAAGCACCACAGCUACUCGGAGAUGGUCCAGCUCAUGAAGUCGGUCAACGCCGAGUGUCCCAACAUCACCGACGUCUACAGCCUGGGCCGCAGCACCAAGGGCCUGGACAUCAUGGCCAUGGUCGUCUCCGGGAACCCCAAAGAGCACGAAAUAGGUGAGCCAGAGUUCCGAUUCACGGCGGGUCUCCAUGGAAACGAGGCGACGGGUCGGGAGUUGCUCCUGCUGCUGAUGCAGUAUCUGUGCAAAGAGUACAAAGACCGGAACUCCAGAGUGCAGCGGCUGGUGGAGGGGAUACGCAUCCACCUGGUGCCGUCGCUCAACCCUGACGGACACGAGGAAGCGUUCGAAGCCGGGUCGGAGCUGAGCAGUUGGACUACCGGACACUUCAACAACUACGGCUUCGACAUCUUCCAGAACUUCCCCGAUCUGAACAGCGUCCUGUGGGACGCCGAAGACAAGGGCAUGGUUCCCAAACUCACCCCCAACCACCAUGUGCCCAUUCCGGAAAACUUUGAAUUCAACAACUCGAUUGCCGUGGAGACCAGGGCCAUAAUCUCCUGGAUGGAAAGCCACCCAUUUGUGCUAGGCGCCAACUUUCAGGGCGGGGAAACAAUCGUGGCCUACCCUUAUGACAGUCUGCGUCUCAACAAAGUGGCCGACGGCCAGAAACCUCACAGCCGCAGGAAGAGACAGUACAAGGAGGAGGCAUACGAGGAGGAGGAGAGGGGUUACGACGUCACAGAGUGGGGUCAGGGUUACCACAAGGAGCCGGAGGAGGACUGGCGGAGCCGGGGGUACGCCGAGCCAGAGGAGGAGUGGAGGGGGCACGGGGAAGCCCGCGGCUACGACGGUGGCGGCGGCGGCGGCUACAACCAUGGCUACGAUGAUCGUGGCUACGACCAUACUUACAACCAGGGUCACAGCGAAGGUUACGGCCACAGGGAGGAAGACGAAGACGACAGAGGAAGAAGCGCCGGGUAUCAGUACUCGGAACCCGACAAACCUCGGGCUGUCGCGGACGAGUCCCUCUUCAGGUGGCUGGCCGUGUCCUACGCGUUCACACACAUGUCCAUGACGCGCAACUUCCACGGCUCCUGCCACGGAGACAUUUCGGGCGCGGGGCACGGCAUCGUCAACCGCGCCAAGUGGAAGCCAGUGACAGGUAUGAACGACUUCAGCUACCUGCACACCAACUGUUUUGAACUCUCCGUAUUCCUGGGCUGCGACAAGUUCCCUCAUGAGAGCGAGUUGGCGCAGGAGUGGGAGAGGAACCGGGAGGCCAUGCUCAUCUUCAUGGAGCAGGUGCACCGUGGCAUCAGGGGCAUCGUGAAGGACCAGCAGGGGAACCCCAUCGCAAAUGCCACAGUGUCGGUCGAAGGGGUAAAUCACGACGUCACCACAGCUUCAACUGGGGACUUCUGGAGGCUGUUGAACCCAGGGGAGUACCGAGUGACGGCUCGAGCUGAGGGCUUCUCCCCCGUGACCAAAGUCUGCGUGGUGGGGUACCAGUCUGGAGCCACCACCUGCAGCUUUAACCUGGCCAAGUCCAACUGGGACCGCAUUAAACAGAUCAUGGCUCUCCAUGGCAACAAACCCAUCCGACUCAGCUACAGCAACAACAGAGUUCACUAUCCCGCAGCCCGAGACGGCAACAGACGCGUGGUCACCAACAGCGUCCCUUCGCCGAACUCCCACCUCAGCCCCGAGCGGCGGAGGAGGCUCAGGAUAGCACGUAUCCGUCGCCUCCGACAGCAGCGACUGAUGAGGUUAAGAUCGACUACGAUGUUACCCCCGACGACCACCACGACAACCUCAACCACAACUCCACUUCCCACAACGCCAGAGACCACCACGUCCUGGUACGAUCCAUGGCCUGUACUGGAGGGAGAGUCCUCGACACCGGGCGGCUACACGGAUUCCUUCCUGGACUAUAACUACGAGUUUAAGAUCGAUGAUUAUUAAACCAACACACACAUCCCCCCCUGCCCCCCACCUGUCUGUCUCGUCGAACUGUAAACAGGCGGUUGAAGAUCCAACAGAGGAGUCCGAUCUUUGUACGACACACGGACAACGACGACGUAAAUAUUAACCGUAUUACCUGUAGAGCGAAAACACGGCCGUCACUUAACACUGAAAUGAAAGCCUCGGCGUCGAACACGUGUUAAGUAACGGUGACGUUUUUUCCCACGCUUUCACACGUUUUACAACCAUUAUUCACUGUUUGCGGAAAAAAAAAUAUUGUGGAUCCACAUUCAGGAAAGUGACUUCUUUUUUUUUCUUUUCCACGAGACAGAUUUUCACAUCACUUUCUCCGUGGGAAGAACGAGUAGAGUGAGAGAACUGUUGGCCAUGUUGUCUCCGACACAGAUGCAAAGGCAGGAGCUGAUACUCAAAUAAAGGCCUGAUUGUACAAAAAACAA